GAACCUUUAUAUAAGAUACUCAACAAAAUUCAUAAAAUAGGGCAGAACCUCCUGUAUAAAGUACUUAUAUAUAGGAGGCGCGGGGAGCAGGGACUGUAUCAGAAGCAGCGUCUGUACACCCUCCGGAUGUCGGAAAAUACUCAGGUAAAGGAUCAUCUCGAUACCUUCAAUCGUAUCAUUCUUGAUUUACAAGGGGUUGAUGUGAAGAUUGAUGAUGAGGAUCAAGCCCUAAUUCUGUUGUGUUCUUUACCAAACUCGUAUGAAAAAUUUGUGGAUACUAUGUUAUAUGGUAGGACCACAAUUUCUAUUAAUGAUGUUAAAGAUGCCUUGUUGUCUAAGGAACUAAAAAGGAAAGUCUCUGGGGAAGAGGGAUUUAGUUCUGGUGCAGGGUUAUAUGCGGGAAGGAGUAGAUCACAGGAACGGAAUAAUGAAAGGGGGAGGCCGCGCUCCAAAUCUAGAUCGUCUAGUAAAGUUAAAUGCUAUCUCUGUAAAGAGAAGGGGCACAUAAAACGAGAUUGUCUUCAAAAGAAAAGGGUAAUUUUAAGGGGGAAUCUAGUAACAGCGGUAGUGCUACAGUAGCUCAGGAAAGUUCUGAUGAAGGUGAUUCUGGUUAUGUUCUUACUGUAUGUAGUGCAAGUACUACUGACACUUGGAUUAUGGAUACCAGUGCUUCUCACCAUAUGACUUUCUCUCGUGAUCUGUUUGUUACUUUUAAAGAGUGGAAUGGAACGGUGAAGUUGGGUGAUGAUGGGGUACUUACCAUAAAAGGCAGUGGGACGGUUCAAAUCAGAAUGCACGAUGGUAUAGUCAGAAUGUUUGACUGCUGGUAUGUUCUUGACCUUAGGAAGAACCUAAUUUCUCUUGGUACCUUAGCGAAGAAUGGUCUCAAGUAUCAUGGUGAAGGUGACUGAGUCAAGGUUUCAAAGGGUGCUCUGGUGAUGAUGAAGGGUAAACUGCAGCAUGGUAUUUAUUUCUUGCAGAGCAGUUCGGUUUUGGGAACGGCGGCGGUUUCUCAGUCUUUGAAUAAAAUUGAUGAUAAGACGAAUCUGUGGCACACGCGGUUGGUUUACAAAUUUUGAGUAAGCAGGGAUUGCUUGGUGGCGAUGUGACAGGGAAGUUAGAAUUUUGUGAGGCUUCUUGAGUAUGUUCACUCAGAUUUGUGGGGUCCUCCCAUAAAAUCGCAGGGUGGUUGUUCUUAUUUCGUAACGUUCAUCGAUGAUUAUUCAAGAAAGGUCUGGGUGUAUUUUCUGAAAACAAAGGAUGAGGUGUUUGGGAAGUUCAAAGAGUGGAAGACUAUGGUAGAAAAACGGACGGGUAAACAAGUCAAGACUCUGAGAACUGAUAACGGGUUGGAGUUCUGCAACACUACAUUUGAUGACUUCUGUAAACAAGAAGGUAUAGUGAGGCACCGCACUGUACGACACACACCACAAUAGAAUGGAGUUGCAGAACGUAUGAACCAAACACUCAUGGCACGUGCACGGUGUAUGCGCAUAUUUGCUGGUCUAUUGAAACAGUUUUGGGCUGAAGCAGUUAAUACUGCUAGUUAUCUGGUUAAUAGAUCUCCAUCAACUGCAAUUGAUUUCAAGAGUCCUCAAGAGGUAUGAUCCAGAAAACCCUCUGAUUACUCUAAUCUAAGAAGAUUUGGAUGCCCUGCUUAUGCUCAUGUGAAUGAUGGUAAACUGGAGCCAAGGGCGGUUAAAUGCAUAUUUCUAGGAUAUGCUACAGGAGUUAAAGGAUAUCGACUGUGGUGUACAGAAGGUAAAUCUCCUGGUAAAUUUCUUAUUAGCAGAGAUGUAACCUUUGAUGAAUCUGCUAUGCUUGAUCAGAGUAGAGGUUGUUGUGAAAAAUUUGCAGGUACUAAAGAUUGUGGUGCUGACCAGAAGUUGGAGUUUGAAGUCCCUGAACAAACUGUGAUAGAGGAAGAACAGCAUGAUAGUACUGAUCAACCUGAACAGCCUGAUCAGUCAAUACUUCAAGGUGGUCCGCUUGAGGAGGAGGCUGGGGAUAAUGGUGCUGAGGUUGAUGAUUCCAUAGCAGCAAGGAGGGGAAAAAGAAAUAUUCAAAGACUAGCUAGGUAUGUUAACACAUGCAAUAUUGAUUCUAUUGCAUAUGCUCUGGCGGUUGGUGAUGAUGUUGGAUCUGAUGAUCCAAAGUCCUAUAAAGAAGCUAUUUCGAGUAAGGAUGCAGAAAACUGGGUGAUUGCUAUGAAUGAAGAAAUGCUUUCGUUAGAGAAAAAUAAAACCUGGGAACUUGUAAAAUUGCCAAAGGGGGUGAAACCAGUGGGAUGCAAAUGGGUCUUUAAAAUUAAGGAGGGGAUUCCUGGAGUUGAAUCUGCUAGGUUCAAGGCGAGACGGGUGGCGAAAGGGUUUUCUCAAAAGGAGGGGAUAGACUAUCAUGAAGUUUUUUCUCCUGUCGUGAAACACAAAACAAUCCGAGUUCUUUUAGCUAUGGUGGGUGCAUUCAAUCUGGAGCUUGAACAGCUGGAUGUGAAGACUGCAUUUCUUCAUGGGAAUCUAGAAGAAAGGAUAUACAUGUCUCAACCAGAGGGAUUCAAAAGUUUUAAAAAAAGGCCAGGUCUGCUUGUUGAAAAAAUCACUGUAUGGUUUGAAACAGUCUCCUAGGCAGUGGUACAAGAGGUUUGAAUCCUUCAUGGUCUCUCAUGGGUACAAUCGAAAUCAGUUUGACAACUGUGUUUACUCGAAGAAGGUUUCCGGUGAUUCUUAUGUUUAUCUGUUGUUGUAUGUGGAUGAUAUGUUAAUUGCAGCCAGUAAUAUUGCCGUAAUUAAUGACUUAAAAGCUUUGUUAAAGAGUGAGUUUGAGAUGAAAGGUCUGGGAGCAGCAAAGAGAAUACUGGGUAUGGAUAUUUGGCGAGAUAGAAAAGUAGGGCGGUUAUGGGUUUCUCAGGAAAAAUAUAUUGAGAAGAUACUGCAGUCAUUUUCUAUUGAUCAGUCUAAACCGGUAAGUACUCCUUUGGCGGCUCAUUUUGAACUUGAUCGGAGCACUAUACCGGCUACAGAUGGGGAGAUGCAUUACAUGAAGACGGUUCCAUAUUCAAGUGCUGUUGGAAGUCUUAUGCAUGCCAUGGUUUGUACGAGGCCGAAUUUGGCACAUGCGGUUAGUGUGGUGAGCAGGUUUAUGUCAAAUCCGGGUAAAGCUCACUGGGUAGCUGUUAAGUGGAUCUUGCGAUAUUUAAAGGGUGCAUCUGGUGUUUGCUUGGUGUAUGACUCGAAAGGACAGGAUGAUGGUUUGGUUGGCUACGCAGAUUCAGACUAUGGCGGUGACUUGAUUAAACGACGAUCACUGACUUGUUAUAUCUUCACUUUGUUCAGAUGUGCAGUCAGUUGGAAGUCUACGCUACAACCUACGGUUGCAUUGUCGACGACUGAGGUGGAAUACAUGUCGAUGAUUGAGGGUAUAAAAGAAGGUGUCUGGUUACAUGGUUUGGUGCAGAGUUUGGGUCUGAAGCUGGAGAAACCAAUAUUAUUGUGUGAUAGUCAGAUUGCCUUGAGUCUGGCUAAAAAUCCGAUGUAUCACGAGAGAACAAAACACAUUGAUGUGCGGUUGAACUUUGUUCGUGACUACUUGGAGGAAGAUAAGUGUGCUAUUCAGAAAAUAGCAACUGAGCAUAACCCAGCAGAUAUGUUGACAAAGGCACUACCGGUGGAGAAGUUCGAGCAUUGCUUGAACUUGGUUAAUAUUCGCAGGAGGUAAAGUCCCUUCGGGGAAUCUGGUGCAGGAACUGGAGGAGACGAAGAGAGAAACUGUGGAUCAGUUGGCGGUUGGAAGAAAUUCCAAGUCAAGGUGGAGAUUGUUAGAGUAUGACUUGGAUUUAGCUUGUUGAACAAGUUGAGCUAUUUUAGGCAAUAUGUUAUGACAUCCCACACCGUGGGUGAUUUUUUAUCUUUGGGGUUUUUUCUACUCCUAUAUAAGCAUAGCUAUGGUUCCUAGUUGAAUGGGUUGUAACAAUCUUUGAUUCAGUAUAAUAAAACUCUCCGAUUCCUGCCCCGUGGACGUAGGUUGACGCACUGUCGGCCGAACCACGUUAAAUUCAUGUGUCUUUAUUUACUUGCUUUCUUUUUUUU